AAAAAGAGACAAACAACAUGAACAAUUAACUUGCUCAGUGGUAGAAAAUUGAUUCAUUAGAUGAAAUUGUUGACAACUGAUUUCGAUUUUUACUGAAAAUGAUCAUGUAAGUAAAUCUAAUUUGAUUGAUCAAAGAAUCAAAUGAAAUUUUAAUGAGUAAUUUCAUUGAGAUAAUCAAAUGAACAAUGAUGAUAAUCAAAUGGAGACAAACCUUGGGAGCAUCACCAUGGAUUCAAAUACAAAACGAUAACAAAACAAAACAUGAAUGAACAUUUUCCCUCUGAUAAUAUUAAGAUAAUCAACUUAAAAAAAGGUUAUAAUUAAAAAGAAACAAUCAAAUGUGUUGAAUAACAAUUAAAAUUAAUCAUCAACCAAUGGGAUGCUGUUCAUCAUCAACAACUAAAUUGUGUUGCUCGAAAUCAAAUUUGGAGACAAUCAGAUUAAUGACAUUCGGUCUCGAUGGUGCUGGUAAAACAUCAUUCGUUAAAUAUGUACUCAAAGAUCCAUCAAGUGACAUUGUUCCAACAAUUGGAUUCUCAUCAGUCGAUUUGAAAAGUUAUCGAAAAUUCAAUGUUCAGGUUUACGAUACUGGAGGUGGAAAAAAUAUUCGAGAUAUUUGGAUAAAUUAUUUUCCUUUCGUCCAUGGGUUCGUUUUCGUGGUCGAUUCAUCGGACACCAAUAGGAUUGACCAGGUCAAGGAAAUUCUGGAAUCAGUUUUAUCCAAUCGCCGAGUUCAGGGUAAACCUCUUCUUGUGUUAAUUAAUAAGCAAGAUGUUGAAGGUUCAAUGGACGAAACUGCGUUGGUUCAAGCAAUCAAUCUUAAUUCAAUUGUCAACAGAUAUAAAUUACCUACAAGAGUUGAAUCUUGCUCAUUAAUCAAUCGAUGGGCAAACAGAUUUACCAAUAAUCCUUUAUUGGAUCGGGGAUAUCAAUGGUUACUUGGGUAUAUCCAAUCUAAUUGGACUGGAUUAUCUUCACGGGUUGAAAUUGAAACCAAGGAACAGAUCAAACUGGAACAGGAAGUGAUGAGGAAAAGAAUUGAAAAGUUUCGUAACCAAGGGAACCAAGAGAAUCAAAUCAAUCAGCAAGAUGGAGAGAGACAUGGAAGUGAUGAUAUUAAUCGAAAUGAAUUGAUUAUCGAAGAUGUUGAAAAGGAAAACACGAUUCAUGAGGAUUCUGAUUUCAAGGAAAAGGUGAUAACUCAAAGACGAUUCUCUGUAAACGAACCAAGGGAACGAACAGUUUUGAUCUUCGGAAGUCUCGAUCAAUUAGAUAAAAUUGUCGAAGAAGAUGAAUCAACAAUUAAUCCACAAAACAAUCAAUCGCAAUCAACAAACGAUCGAAGACCUAAAUCAUCAUCUCUUGGUGAAAGGAAAAACUCUAAUUUCAGAUUUACAAUAAGUCGUAACCAAAUCGCUCCUUUGUAAUUUAUAUCUUUCGUCAAUCAACAAUUAAUUCAUAUUAUCUUUGUAACUGUAAAUUUACACUCAAUCAAGAAAACUAAUUGAAAAUAAAUCAACUUUUCUCUCAUUUUUAUCCAUCGACAAUUAAAGGACAACAAGCGUUUCUGCCUAAAAAUUUUUUCUGAUCAUUUUCUGGUUGAGCGCAUAGAUUCAUAAGAAUUUUCGUAUUUUUUUGAUUUGGGCUGAAACUUUGAUUGUUGUUUGGUUAUGAUAAAACCACCAAUAAUCUUAUUGUUACCUGUUAACGAGUUUUUGAACGUAAGAAAAACAUAAUUAGAUUAUAGUUCCCGUGUAAUAAUUAAAAGCUUGAAUCUUUCAAUUGAAUAAGUAAAACAAGUGAAAAAAUAUUUCAUUUAAUCAUAUUGACAAUUAUUACAAAUUUUACCAAUACAUAGUGUACCAUUCAUAGAUAUGUGUUAGUUACAAUUAGCACCGAUGGUUAACUGAUCAAUCGCUUUUCAAGGUUAGUUGAUCAACCGGUAGGUCAACAGGAUCAGGUGAAGGUUCAACAGUUUCGACAGGGGCGUACAAACCACGUUGGAAGUCCCGAUCUUUUUUAUCGAGAUAACCAUCGAUCUUUUUACAG